AUGUCUGAUUCCACAAACAACACAAUGGUAACUUCAAAACACAAUUCUAUACCACAUAUUGCGUCAAGUCGAUCGCUGACUCCUUCCAGCUCGGAGCGAUCUGUGUAUGAACUUUUUGAAAUAUUCAAUAAGUUUGUGCCUACCUCUUUGUUCGCCUACAUGUUGAUCGCCAUGGUAAUCUUCCUCGCCUUAGCAUUUGUAUUUAAGCCUAGAUGGAUUAGAUUGCAGCUGAGCGAAAAAUAUAGAUUGCACAUGGCUGGACCCAUGGUUGGCGACUUUAAAAAGGGGAUAUUAAGUACGAAUGAAAAGGAUAGUCGUUUAUUACCUGACAAGUCAUCUUCGUCCUCAACAUCUUUAUCACCAUCUGUACUACCAACACAUAAUGCAUCACCUGGAUUAUAUAAAAAGACAUCAAAUUCUCACAGGCGUCCUAGUUCGCGCCAAAAAACUCAGCCAACAAAUAUACCUGCAAGUUCACUUUCGCCAAUAGAUGAUGAUCUGUCUUCUACGGUUUCGAGUAUUGAUUCACUUAUUGAACAAUCUUCAACGUUUACAGAACAAGAUGAGAUAAAAACGAGUGUGACGAUACAUGUUGCUGAUACAUUAAAUUCACGUACUAUUCCAUCUUCCGCUGACGCUUGUCAAGAGAAUAAGGACAAAAUCGGUAAUAAUGUUAUUGAUCCAAAUUCUGGUAAAAUCGAACAUACAAUUGAAAAAUUAGAGACAGAUCAAGGUUUUAUUCAAGACGAUAAUAUUAGUUCUUGGACUGAAUCACAAAGUACUCCAACGGCGAUUUCAAAUAGAGAUGAUAAAAGUAGACGUCAAACCGCAGAUGUUACAUUUUCAGAUUCAUCUUUGCCAUCUAAGUUACAAAAAAAGAAUUCUAAUUCACCUAUUAAGGGAUAUCGAAAACAAAAUGCCCGUAAUAAAGAGCAAAUUAUUGUCUCAACAGCUCAAGAAAGCGAUGGAGAUAUUGAUAGUAGUACUAUUUCAGAUGAUCAUUCUGAUCAAAGCUUGAUUCAACACACUGUACCUGUCGUACAGAAGCAUAUGCAAUGUUCCACUCAAGAAGAAACCUUCGUUAAAACUGGACAUAGAAGACGCAGGAGAAGGACAAGAGGUUCUAAGAAUAAUCAACAAAAAGCACAGCAAAACCAACAAACACAAAAUUCAGAUCAACGUUCCUUAAAGCAGGAGCAAUCGAUAUCUUCGCAAAAACGAGAUAUUUCCUCAGAGAUGUCUAAAUCACGUCAUCAUCAUUUGAAUGAGAUACCGAGGUCUCGUCAGGUCGUUGAAAAAUCUAAAACGGUUGAUUAUGACAUUUGGGAAAGACAUUCUCAUCAACAUACCGAAUCUUAUCAAUCAUCGCGCUCAGAUCAAACAGCUCACUUAUUACAAUCUAACAAACGCGAUGGCCAAACAUAUCAUCUUGAAACCCUGAAUGGUACUGCUAUGCCAGCAAAAGCGACGCUCUCCGAAUCAAAUAGGAAAAGUGCAGGUUUCUCAAGGUCGGAUGUACAUUGGAAGCAAAAUGUCAUAACGGCACCAUCUGUUUCUUCUUCCAAUGUUCCUAUAUCGCGUUUUACAACCUAUGCUGAUGUGAUUGCGCCUCAAAAUCGACCAUCCGUAAUCACUAAUGGACCUACUCGUUCUAAUACCUCGAGAUUAUCUAACGAAAAUGGUAUCAUGACACCGGUGCCUGCAGCUUCUAUGAAUAACACAAUCAAUUCCCAAUGGUAUUCUCCUUUCGUAUCUG